UGCAGUGCUAGGCCACGCCUGUGUCCUGGGGAGAGCCUGGAGCAAGCAUGGAUCAAGACGCCAUGGGCAACGUUGUCCUGUUGGCUAUUGUUACCCUCAUCAGCGUGGUCCAGAACGCGUUCUUUGCCCACAAGGUGGAGCACGAAAGCAAGACCCAGAAUGGGCGGAGCUUCCAGAGGACGGGAACACUCGCCUUUGAGCGCGUCUACACUGCCAACCAGAACUGUGUGGACGCAUACCCUACAUUUCUUGUGGUGCUCUGGACCGCUGGGCUUCUUUGUAGCCAAGUUCCUGCCGCCUUUGCUGGACUGAUGUACUUGUUUGUGAGGCAAAAGUAUUUCGUGGGCUAUCUGGGGGAGAGAACUCAGAGCACCCCUGGCUACAUAUUUGGGAAGCGCAUCAUCCUGUUCCUGUUCCUCAUGUCUCUUGCUGGUAUACUGAACCACUACCUCAUCCUACUUUUUGGAAGUGACUUUGAAAACUACAUAAAGACCAUAACCACUACCAUUUCCCCUCUCCUCCUCAUUCCCUGACAUGGCUGAGUUCAGGGCUGGCACUCUCAACUGAUCAAUACCUAGAAGCCGUCAUAACUCAACCCUUUGCAGGAUUUAGCUUCUCUUUAGAUAGCUGUAAAUCUGAUGGUCAUGUGGGCUUCACAGCUUGAGUUAACCUUGCUUUUCUGGGAAGAAAAGAAAUGGUGGCCCCAGAUUUAUUAUUCAAACCCAUUUUGUAUGUUUCAUGAUGUAUCAUUCUUUUUAAAGAUGCCCUGUAACCAUGUAUGUUUUCCUAAAAUAAA